UUGAGUGGAAAUUUCGCGAGAGGGAACCUAAGGCGAAGGCGUGCGAGCGAAGACGAAGCUCCAGGCGCCGGCAACGCGCUCGAGGGGUAAAUUCAUGGGCGCGGAGUGAUCCAGGUGCGCGCCGAUCGAUUGGAGCUCGCGUCUCGCCAAUCGGGAUCGAAUCGUAGGGUAAUCUCUCCGAGGCAUGAAGCGCGUCUUUGGGGCGAGGAAGGAGAAAACUCCGCCGCCUACAGUCGAAGAGGCGACAGAACGGAUCAACAAGAGAGGCGAUGGAGUGGACGAUAAAAUCAAGAAACUCGAUGCGGAGCUCGUGAAGUACCGCGAGCAAAUCAAGAGAACGAGACCGGGGCCUGCGCAGGAAGCGGUCAAGGCUCGAGCGAUGAGAAUUUUAAAACAGAAGAAAAUGUACGAGGGACAGAGGGACAUGCUCUACAGUCAAACGUUUAAUCUCGAGCAAGUUUCGUUUGCCACGGAAGGCAUCAAGGACGCGCAGCAAACUAUGUCAGCUAUGAAGGCAGCGAACAAAGAGCUCAAAGGCACGAUGAAGACGCUCAAGAUCGACGAUAUUGACAAAAUGCAAGACGAGAUGCUCGACCUCGUGGAUUACAGCACCGAGAUACAGGAAUCACUCGGUAGAAGUUACAACGUUCCGGAUGAUCUCGACGAGGAGGAAUUGAUGGGAGAGCUGAGCGCUCUCGAAGCUGAGAUGGGAGAGACGGAGCACGAUGGAGGAGUUCCGUCUUAUUUGCAACCGGAGAAAGAUGGCGAUCUAGAAUCGGAGCUAAAUCUUCCCGCUGCUCCAUCGACUGCGCAUGGUGCUCAAGCCAAUCCACAGGCCGCGGACGAGUAUGGAUUUCCAGCCGUGCCAAGGGCAUCAUUACGUACCUGAUGCUGCCAAGCAUUUUGUUCUGCGUUGUACAGUACAGGUUCUUUUCUAUUCCUUCCGCGAGAUUUGCUUGAUCUGCACACUUCUUAGUACUGAAACUAGAGCGUCAGCCAAAUUUAUUUCCUGUCUCGGUGACUCGAGACAGGCCUUUGAGAUAUGAAAAUCAACUUAGCUUGCCAUUGCGAGUGCUUCGAGCUCAAAA